AUGUCCCCAAUCCUCCAGCUCAGGACCCUGUCUCCAAGCAGCAUCUGUCUCCUUGGAUUGGCCACCGUUACGAUAUAUGUCCUGGCGAAAUGUGCACAUCUGCUCUUCUUCCACCCCCUCGCCAAGUAUCCCGGUCCAAAACUUGCCGCUGUUACACAGCUCUGGCAAAUAUGGCUUUCCUUCACCGGUCGACAGUGCUUCGUCAUGACGGAUCUCCAUCGAAAGUAUGGCGAUGUGGUACGCGUGGGCCCCAACUCCCUGUCCUUCUCAACGCCACAAUCGUACCGUGAUAUAUAUGGCCACGUGACACACGGUAAGAAGAGGUUUCUCAAGAACAAAUGGUACGAGGCCGACGAGCCGCGCAUUGUUAGGGUCCGUGAUCCGGUGGUACACGCCGAGCAGAGGAGGACCCUCUCGCACGCCUUCAGCGCCCAUGCCCUUCGGGACCAGGAGGACGUUGUCCACCAUUACGUGGAUCUCCUUCUGAAGCAGCUCAAUUCGCUUGGGGCCGGUGGCAAGAUAGCUGUGAACGCCACAGAGGUCUGGAAUUGGCUUACUUUCGAUGUCAUCGGAGACUUGGCGUUCGGCGAGCCCUUUGGCUGCCUCUCUGGGGGCUCAAGCCACGAAGUCAGCGUCAACUUCGACUACCUCAUGUACUCUGCAGGGCGAAGAGCAGCUCGCAACCUAGGUCCUGUAUUGGGUGGUCUCUUCCUCCGCUGGUGCUUCUCGAAACGCAUGAUCGAGAACCAUGACGAGCACAUAAGAAUAAGCAAGGACAAAGCAAAGAGGCGCAUGGACCGCGGCAGCCUGGGCCGGUACGACUUCUUCGACCACCUCAUCAAGAAUGGAACCCUGACGGAGGACGCUUUAAUGGGCAACGCAGACACACUGAUCAUCGCCGGCUCAGAGACCACUGCUACAGCCCUGUCGGGCCUCACUUGGUACCUGCUCAACAACCCGUCUUGUCUCAGACAACUCACCGAUGAGAUUCGCGGAGCAUUCAACUCCCCCGACGAAAUCACUGGUGACGCCACCGCCGCACUACCAUACCUCCACGGCUGUAUAGAGGAGGGGCUUCGAGUAUUCCCACCCCUGGCGUUCGGCCUGCCACGCGACUGCCCCGGCGCGGUCAUUGACGGCCACUUCAUUCCCGAGGGAACAAUUGUGGCCAACGAGAACUACGCUAUGACAUUCGACCCGAGAUACUGGGUUGAUCCCACAUCGUUCAGGCCGGAGCGCUGGAUCGGCGAGGGCUUCGCCGGGGACGAUAAGCGCGCGUUCCAGCCCUUCUCAAGCGGGCCAAGGGGAUGUUUAGGCAUUAACCUUGCGUAUCUGGAGAUGCGAGUCUCGGUGGCGAAGUUGCUGUGGGCUUUUGAUCUCGAGUCCGCUUCGGACGUUCAGGAUUGGAAUAGUGCUUGCAAGAAUCACAUCCUGUGGAAGAAGCCGGAUCUGAACGUCAGGUUUCAUCCGCGCGCGGCUGUCUGA